UUCUUGAGCGACACCAGUCACAUCUGUGGCAUACCCUCGAGACUCAAGCAAACGUACCCGGCACCGUCGCCUCAAACUCCGAGCAGCUCCUUCACGUGACGUCUCCACUGGCAGUGCAAACUUCAGGUUGAGGAUGGCGGAAGGCCCCAGGUUAAGCCGUCCAACAAUGUUCCGGACGUACGAGGCAGAGUACAAAAGCCGGCAGAGGCGGGACGACUGCCUAUCCUUCAGCACAUCCAGAGACGGGGAAAACAUCGAACAUUAGCCUUCUCGACCGAGCCAUGUCGCCAACGAAACAGGUCCGCAUCGAUCCCGGGCAUCCGUAUGCGGAGACGAAGCACAUCUCCUUCGAGUUUUACAAGCAGACCCGCUCGGCGUCUGCAUUCGGAUACGAGUACUUCGUUUCUCUGCCUCAAGCAUACGACGCUGAGACCGGGAAGCGAUGGCCCUUGGUGCUCUUCCUCCACGGUGCAGGCGAGUCGCAAAGAGGGAAGAACGAGAGCUACGCGACCCUCCGCCACGGUGUGCCCAAGGUCAUCCUCUGCUACGACAGGCUGAAAGACGGACAAGAGCCAAAGGUCGACAUUCCGCUCCGGAGCGGACGACGAGUGCCGAAGGAGGACCUGAGCACAACACCCGUUCCACCGAGCGUGUGCGAGUUCGUCGCGGAGCGGUUUAUCACGGUAACGCCGUCGCUGAACAUGCAGUACGGAUAUGGAUGGAACGCGCCGGCCCUGUCGUCCCUGCUCGACGAGGUCAUCCAGGACUACCGCGUCGACAUCCGGAGAGUGCACGCCACUGGGUUCUCGAUGGGCGGGUACGGUACGUGGGAGCUGGCGCAGCAUUCACCUAAGCGGUUUGCGAGCGUGGUGCCGAUAUGCGGAGGGGUUGAGCCACUGCUAGCGUUGAACAUCAAGCAUAUACCGCAAUGGAUACACCACGGCGAGAGGGACGAUAUCAUCUCGAUCUCGCAGUCCAAACAGAUGUACGACGCACUCCAGAAGAUCGGCGCCCCCGAAGUCAAGUUCAGCAAAUAUCCAAGCCUCGGGCACGACUGUUGGACGGAGGCGUAUAAUCAGCUUGAGCUUUGGGAGUGGAUGAUGGACAAGAGCUUGCCAGAGGGGAGUGGCGAGGUCCAGCGGGAAGCAGCGAAGAAUAAAACCAAUGUCGAGCGUAUUUAGCUAGGUCUGCAUGAGUCAUUUCGUGGAUUGUGUGUGGCAAUAGAGAUCAAAUAGAGAUCACCGCUAGCACUAGGUAGUAGGUGCGAUCCGAGUCGCUCCGAGUCGUCG